ACUUAAUUGCAUACAGAAUAACACUGCAGUACAGAAACUAAACAAGUGAAGACCAUCAUUAUGACAACACUCGGUAGUGUAUUCUUACCUAUCUUCAUUUUUUGCUUCACCGUAACUGCCCAGCAGAAUCUGCCCGUAAAUCAGCAAUGCCUAGGCUGCAUUUGCGAAGCAAUGUCGGGCUGCGAAGUCAAUACUAAUUGUGAAGGGGAGGGCUGUGGUCCUUUUAGAAUAACGUGGGCAUACUGGGCCGAUUCUGGCAAACCCACUCUCAAAAAUGAGUCGAUUCAAAGUAAUACCGCUUAUGCUAAUUGUGCGCGUGACCUUUACUGUUCAUCUCUGUCAGUACAAGGAUACAUGAGCAAAUUUCAACAGGACUGUACUGGAGACCGUAAAAUCGACUGCGACGACUUUGCUGUCAUUCACAUGUUUGGUGGUUAUGGCUGCAGAAAUCGUGUACUCACAGGAGUCCAUCUACAGCGGUACCAAGAGUGUAAAAACAUAGUUGGAAAAAUUUAAUGAAAGUUAAUGAUUUGUUAAUUAUUAUAAUCCUUUAUAUGCUUACGUAGCUAAUAGAUGGUUAAUAGUCAA